GAUCAUUCGAGUGUCAGUGUUUGAGUGGAUUCAACAUGUCUGGGGGCCAGUGCGUCAGUAAGUUGCUGUUAUUGUUAUUUAUAUUGUGUGUGAAAAUGUAUGGUCAAGAUGUAUAUAGCUGUCGUGUUUACGCUAUGUUGCAUAUUAGGUUAAAUGCCUGGAAUAGCAGUAGAGGUGACAUGUCUAUCGAAAGUUAACUCAAGACCUGCUUAGUAUUUACUUUGUCUAAUAAAUGAACAGCCUUCUCAAAAAUAAUAAAUUAAAAUACAUGUAUUGAAUAGUUUGAAUUAUAUAUAUAUAUAUUUUUUUUUUUAAAUUAUGACAAUUAGGAACACUUAAUUAUACUAAAACUUGUGAAACUGGUAUCAACUUUUAUUCUGGAACAAUUAGGUAUAUAUUUUUAUAGGUCUUUUACAAUAUAUUUUAAAGAAAUUUUGGACUGCCCUGAAGUAUGGAGAAACAAGUACUGCUCACACGCUUGCUACCUCAGAGACAAAAAUGUACCUGUGUGCUCGUGUCCAGAAAGACUGGAGUUAAGGAAAAUAAAUUCAAAGUCUUUCGUCUGCGUUGGUAAAUUUAAUGUGGUUUUUUUUUUAAUAUAAGAAUAAUCAAAUACCGCUUAUAAAUAUAAGCAAUGAUUUAACCUUGGAAUAGCAUAGUAUUUUCAAUAAGUUUAACUUUAUUCGACAAGAGAGUCCCAUUUAAGUCGUUUACCUGGGAUACGCAAAAAAUUAACCCCCCCCCCCCCCCCCCAAAUGGAUUUUUUUCUAUACCUCUUUAGCAAGCAUUUUGAUUACAGACUUAAAAGAAAAUAUUUUAAAUAAUCUUUAUAACCUGCUUAAGAAUUUCUACUGCAUUCAUUUGUUUUAUUUCAAAUAUCACAAAUCUUCUCUUAAUUCCUUCCUGCUUAUUUUUGAAAAUUAUCUUACUUUGUUUUAGUUCCCUUCUAUCCUUAUGGUGAAAGAGUUGAAUUGAUAAAAUAUGGGUCAAAACAUCGCAGUGAACAAAUAAACCUCAGCACUCGAGUUCCGUUUGGAAUCAACAAAACCUCAUCUUCAUUUUACGUAAGUUACGUUAUGUGAAAGGAAAUGCAAUUUUCUUUUUUAAAUUGUAGCUGUUGUACACCGUAAAUCUUGUGAGGGGAUUUCCGUAAAGGACUUGCACAAAGUGAGCUUAAAUGUUCAAAUACGUACAAAUGUAACAAAUGUCACCACUUUAUUUAGAGGAUAUCAACGAUCUUGCGGACAUCGACAAGUUAGUAUCUGUUUUUAUAUUCAUUUUUCGAACCGAUUCAUGUACUGUACUAUGUUCAUAAUUUUAAUUUGCGGACGGCCUCUAUGGCUCACCGAUUUAUUAAUUUUAAUUUGUACAAUUCCAGCAAAAGGACAUAGUCUUAAGACUGUAUGAUUAUAUAUUUUGUUGACACCCGUUAGCAUUGUAUAGAGAUAACAUGAGCUAUUUUACCCCCAUGGCCAUGGCAUUUUGCCCUCUAUAAUAUUGGAUGCGGAUGCUUGGAACGGGUAAGGGUGUAAACCACUUAUGGAGACAUGUGAAGCGAUGGAAAAUAUACAAACAAUUGCGGAUGUCCUUUAUGUUCAAAUCUUUAGGGGCCGUAUAUUAAAUAUGUCAACAAUUUUUAGACCAUUUUUGACCUCCUACCACGUCGUCAAAACUGUCUAAGUUCCAGGGGCCUCCUUAUGUAAUAUGUUUAUUUCCGCCCUACCCCACCCAAAAAAAAUAUUCUUUAACAAAUUGUUAGCUUGUAACGUCUAUAAUCUUUGACUUGACUUAAUGUUAUAUUGUAAUUUUUUAUUAAAUUAUGUAUACCGUCUAAGUAGUAUUGUUAUGAAAUGUAUUGCCAGCUUUUAUGCUUCCAUCUUUACGUUAAUAAACCAAAUGUUCAUCUUUGCAAUAACGCAAAUAAAUUUUUUAAUUCAUCGUUGACAUAUUAAUAUUACUAUUAAAUUGGCUGACGUAGUUCUUGUGUAGUAUAACUGUCCAGACUCUUAACGUAUCAGCAUUUUGUACUUGUUCAAAAAUUACCAUACUCUCUCUCUUUCUUUUCUCUCUUUCUCUCUCUCUGUCUCGUUCUCUCUCUCUCUCUCUUUCUCUCUCUCUCUAUCUCUCUCUCUCUCUCUCUCUCUCUCUCUCUCUCUCUCUCUCUCUUCUUUUUUAGCCCACUCAAAUCNAUAACUGUCCAGACUCUUAACGUAUCAGCAUUUUGUACUUGUUCAAAAAUUACCAUACUCUCUCUCUCUCUUUUCUCUCUCUCUCUCUCUCUCUCUCGUUCUCUCUCUCUCUCUCUCUCUCUCUCUCUCUCUCUCUCUCUCUCUCUCUCUCUCUCUCUCUCUCUCUCUCUCUCUCUUCUUUUUUAGGCCACUCAAAUCGGCCACGUCCUUUUCUAGGAGGAUAUGGAAGCUUCUCUUAACCAAUAACGCUUUUUUUUAGGCUAACUUGACCAUUUUUAAAAUACGAACAUGUUUUGGCCCAUAAAAAUGAACAAAUAUUCAAGACAUAUUAUUGAGAUAUACGAAUGUUUAAUAUAUACAGACGUACAUUGAAUGGCAUACCAAGUUCGUAUCUGACUAUGGUUCGUAUCUCGAAACCCAAUUUUACUUUACAUCUUAAUUAGUUAAUCCAUGCUCAGAUUAAAACUUUUUUUAAAAAAAAUAUUAUAUAAUAAUUAAUAACAAAAAACAGAACCAAGUAAAUUUUAAAAAUGCAGAGAAAUGGAUCAGAAAUGAGAAUGAUGAUUGUAAGCAAAAAAUAUACAUUUUGUAUAAAAUUAGAAAUAUUUAUUGACCAGAGUUUAAUUUUACAUGAUACAUAUUAAUGCAAUAUGAAAAUCACCCUCCUGUAAGUGUGUCUCGGUUGGUAUACCGGACUUAGAUUCGUAUGUAGUGGUCAAAUUAGGAAAUGUAAAAAGUUCGAAUCUCGAAAAAGUGUGUGUGUGUAUAUAUAUAUUAUAUAUUUAUAUAUCUAUAUAUUAAUUUCAAAGAAUAGUAAAAUUGAUGUCAACAAUUGUCAAGCAUCAUCCAAUCCCCUUCCCCCUACUUAAUGUUGAAGUAAUUAAUGUACGGCUCCUUAGAUGAACGUUACAAUCUACGAUGUAUAAGAACAAGUAGUGAAGCAAACUCCAACAAAUAAACUUACAUAUUAUAUUUUGAAAAACGUAUAAUAGAAUUGAUACAUAAACGUACCAAAGUUGUGCCCUUCAAAUGUAAAUAAAAGGCUUAAAGUUAAAUAUUCGUAACUUAGCUCCUUAUAUCCCGUACGUGCGAUCGGCACUUAUAAAUAGAUCCGAAUUCAUUACUUGCUUCAUUUUUGACUGGACGUGCAAUCGUAUGCAAAAAAUAAAUUCUGUGUGAAGUUGUUUGACUAUGAACCGCUGAGGAUUUGGGGAUAUAGGAAUGGUGAUAGAGAAAUUGAUAGACGAUCCAAACAGUUUACACAAAGUAUAACACAUUUUGACAGGUGUUUUCCUCCCCCAAGAUAGUGAAUCAUGUCACAAGUUGAUGUUUCAAGAUUUUUGGAUUUUUAAAACACAAUUUUUGUUUGGGUAAAGGGGCUUACUUGACAAAUUCCCACGGGUGUCUCUUCUGUAUUUAAUCAUUUCUUUUUUUUAAUACAUUUUUUCAAAAGACUAGAUUUCUUUUAUAAUUAAGUUUAACACUUGAUGGUCUAAACUGACUCAAUCCCUGCAAGAGCCAAAUUCCAAUCCUCCCGGGUGGAUGAGGCUCGUUAGUAUUUAAAGGGAACUCACCUAAGACACUAACUUUGAAUUCAAACCAUGAGUCAAAAUGAUCAAUAAAUUGAUCGUAUGUCCACAAACAUGGAAAAAAAGCAACAUAAAAUGACUCAACAAAAAAGGUAAAAUUGAUUAAAAAUUAGAGUGAACAAAAGAAGUUUAAAAACGGUCAUCAGUCAAUCGUCACAGAAGCAUUCCAUGCUCCUUGCAUCAUUGACUUCCUGCUUUUCUUAUGUUUCUUUUUCUUUUCAAUAUAUAUUUUUAAUGCGCAUAAUAACAAAAAUUAUUCUCUGAAGUGAACAUAAUUUAUAAAAACUUGUUUAUAUGUUCCUAUUGUUUCAUACAGUUUGUAAAAUAUUCCACAUAAGACUUAAAAUUCUUUUGCCAUAAUUGAAAACCCGAUUUUCUUAAAUUUUCUGCAAUUAUAUAAACAAAGACCCACUUUUCUUAUAUUUCAAUUCAUAUUAUUGAGACUAUGUCGUCGUGUUAAGAAAUCAGCAUUUUACAUUUCCAGAUUAUGAGGGACGGUGUCAUACUCUUCGACCAGUCUGACGUGUCUUAUACACCAAAUUUGACAAGAGCGUCCGAACACAAACAGAAAUUAAUAGCAGCACUGUGGUCAGAGAUGGACACGAGUAAGGGGGAUGUAUACAUAAACAUGUUUGAAAAAUGUGGUUCUUUGGAGUUA